UUAUCAUUUUUUGAGAGCUAUUAGUCACCUCCACAACCCCCAUUCGAACUCCCAAGAUAAGAGAGAAGGAGAGAGCCACAUACUCCAAGGGAGAGGUGAAGAGAGAAGCUGGCCGCAGGAUUCGUUUUCCAGGAGAUAGGGUUACUUGUUUGAUCCAUAACUUGAGAUUCACUAGUCCAAAUAAGGCGUACGAUAUACCAAAAGAAAGAUCUCAAGACGAGGAAUCCGGGAAGGUCUGGUUUGCAGAAAUCGGAGUAGUGGAAGACUUCCAAAUCGUCCGAGCAAAACACAACCUCGCAGGAGAGGAUUUAAUCUUCUAAAGUGAGUUUUAACCCCAAAACUUUACUUUUCAUUUUCCAAAUGAUAUGAACGAUUGGUGGGACUAUUAUACACUAAUUCAAGUGUAUAAUAUGUCCUCAUAAAGUUAUUUUAUGUGUGUAAAGGUUGGAUACUAACCUAGAGCAAAUCUUGAAAACUAGGAAACGAGUUAGCCGGAAAACACCCAUUCUAGGGGCUGUUUUCGUAUCAACGAUUAGGGGUUGAACUAGCACUUUGAGUGUGACACCGCGCCCGAACGUCCUUGAAAAUUCCAUUUAAAAUUCAAAGUUUACGUAGUGAAUUUUCGACUUCCAAACAAUUGUAAAACGAUUAAUCUUUUACGUAGUACAUGGUUGAUUAUUGUACUGUUCAAGCUCGUACAUUAGUGUCGGGUUUUGCAAAUACUUAUUCGGGACUUAUUAAUAAAUUAAAGAGCCCAACAUUAUCUAAAUAGUGAUACAUAAUCUUUUAAGACAAACAAAUGUUAAAAUAAGUGAUAGAAUGAUUAAAGAAGAAUAUAAAUGCCUCUAGCCCCAUCUUUAGCAUUAUUUAGCUAAAUAAUGAGAGUAGGAUUUUUCUUCUAUGAUAUCCAUCAAGUAAAUUAUUGAGAUGGGCCUACACAUAUUGGGGAUCAAUAAUGUGAUGGAGGAAGUUGACUUGCUCUAAAUAAAUUAGGAUAAGUACAAAAAGACAUCUUUAACAAAAGAUAAAACAAUAGGACCCAUUUUCUCAUUUUUGGAAGUAUUGGUAGAUAUUUUGGACCCCAAAUUAAUUGGGAUCACUUGGGGAGCACCCCACACCUUCUUGGCACCUGCAAAAUAAAGAGAAUGGGUUAAAAUUCUUGGUUGGGGCGGACAAAAAGAGAGGGGGCUGAACAAGACAUGUUUGAGAACCAAUUGGACCCUCUCCCCAUUUUUUUGAUUGAAGGUAUUUUGCUCCAUCAUCCCACAUGCCAACCCACUCCUAUCCUUUGACUUUUGAGGCUAAGUUAAGGCCAAGAUAACACUCCCACAACCCUCCAUUCGAACUCCCCAAGAUAAGAGAGAAGGAGAGAGCCACAUAACCAAGAGAAGCCAAGGAGAGAGCAAGUUGUCCGCAGGUAGUUUUUCCAGUGCGUAAGGUUACUUGUUUGAUUCAUCUCGAGCUAUACACAUCCAAAUAAGGCGUGAGAGAUACCAAAAGACAGCUCUCAAGACGAGGAAUCCGUGAAGGUCUGGUUUGCAUAAAUCGGAUUAGUGGAAGGCUUCCAAAUCGUCCGAGCAAAACGCAACCUCGCAGGAACGGAUUUAAUCUUCUAAAGAAACGAGUUAGCCGGAAAACACCCAUUCUAGGGGCUGUUUUCGUAUCAACGAUUAGGGGUUGAACUAGCACUUUGAGGAGGCUGUUUAACACUCAUUUCUAAGCAAGGAAUCAGUGCUCAAGCUUCCUUGGCCGAGGCUUUGGUCAUUGGAUCGAGAAGGAAAGUUUUAAAGCUCAUUUGAGGUGAGGAUUGACAUCUAAUUGCUUACAACUUGUAGGUUAAGCAUGAGAUUACCUAAAUGCCUAAAUCAUAAUUUUUUUUUGGAUUAUGAUGAUUAUAUAAUGAUGAAAUAUGGAGAUAGUUGCCAAAGAAUGAAAUUGGAAAUGAUUUGAGAAUGUAUGAAUAAAAUGAGAGUAAAUGAGUUAUAAAUGAACUAUUUUGUGAAAUAGGCAUUUUACUCAUGUAUGAAUUAUGUGGAUACAUAAAUGAAUGUUUAUGUAUUGAGAUUGAACACUUAAGUUGCUGCUACAUAAUUAUAACUAUGUAGAGGAUUACAAAUAAUGAGCAUAUUUGUAUGAUAACAAUAAUCUUAAUAGUAUUGAAAUACUAGUUAGUGAUUAUUGGAAAUUGUUGAUGGAAUUGAUCCUAGGGAUUGGAUUGUAUGAAAUGCACUUGAAUAUACUUCAAGUGUAUAUGAUGACUUAGUAUGAAACUAAGGUUAAGUGGUGGGAAGUCUUUAAGGAUGAUCCAUGGUAGUUUAUUGAUAUGUCAAUUCUAGGCAUAGGGUUGCUUAAGAAUUGGACCUUCAUGCAUGGUGAUGUGAUAGAGCCGAGCUCUAGGAUGCAUGUUAAGGUGGUAGACUUGUAGUCUAAGUACUGAAUAGCUAGAGCCGAGCUCUAGGGCUUGCGUGGUGAUGUGAUAGAGCUGAGCUCUAGAACGCAAGGUAAGGACAUUGACCCGAGUGACAUGAAUUGUAUGGUGAUGUGGUAGAGCCGAGUUCUAGAAUACAAUGUCAUGUGUUAGGGUUGGACUCUAUGAGUUGUCGUGGCUUGUAGUCACGGGGAAUGGGAAUGGUGAUUUCUAAAUGAAUAUGGGCCCACGGGCCGACUACUUGACUUUUACAUAAAGUAAGUAUAUUUUCAAACGGGGUAACUUAGGGUUACAAACCAUAAUGUACUAUCACCCUAUUCGAGGGUCUUGUGUUUGAAAUACUUGUUGUAUAUCUAUUAGAUGUCUGCCGCACCAGUACUUUAUAGCCGUAUAGAGUACUGACCCCUUUGGGGGCGUCCCACCACCAUUUCAGGUUGAGGCUAGAGCUUGCAUCCUGUGCUCGUUGAUCGAGUGAUCCCUCGGAGAGAAGACUUGGUCCGUGCUUCCUCCAUUCUAUUUGAAACAUUAAUAAAUUUGCUCAUGGAUAUUUUACUAUAGAGCCUGCGUGCUCAUGAAUAGCCAUGUGUGGCUCUUUUGUUUUAAACAAUGUUUUCCGCUGCGUUAUGAAUUACUUAUUAUGUUUGUUUAUGGAUGUUAUGUGUGUGAAUGAUAUUCAAGACGCCUUGUGUAAUAUGAAUGUGUUGGAUUGCGGUUGACUAUUCGUAUUGUACGGCGGGUUGUUGACGUGUCCGGGGAGGUCCGGGGCGUGACAAUUAAGUUGGUAUCAGAGCCUUAGUCCAUAAACUUCAUAAUGAAGUCUCAGAAUCCUCUUUUCAAAAUGAUUUUGAAAACCAUGAGCAUAAACGUUUUGUACUUGUAGAGCUUUUGGUACUUGAGUUGCAAGGUCUCUAAUUGUUAAGAUGGUACCCUUAGCAAUUGGUAUGGCAGCAAUUUGAGCCAAAUGGCGUCUUAAGUACCAAUCUGUCAAUUGACAUUUGAUACGAGUCUAACGACUCUUUCCAAAAUUUCUUUCAGAAAUGGAUCGUGGUGGCAAGGUUACUAGGAGAAACCCAACUGGUCGUGUACCAACGAAGACUGGACAGGGCAGUCGAAGGACCUCUAGGGCAUCUAGAGGAGCUGGCCGUGGAGGCCGAUCACAGACCGUGAGCGACGGUCAUGUAAGCACCGAGAACGAGAGCUACUGGUCCUAUGAGGACUCGACCUAUCAACCGGAAACUGAACCGGUUGAGACCCCUUAUGAGGGGGAUGAUGAUGAUGUAAGUGAUGAGGAGGAAAAUGGCUCCUUAGCACGGAUUGAAGCACUACUCCAACAGUAUCACCGUGAGCGUGAGGAGAGGAGGGAACGCCGAAGGCGCCGAGCCGGGCAACCUUCGGGUGGGGCUUCAAGGGGGAGAAGCCAUGACGACUCUAGGGCCCACAUUGAACCACAUGGGGGCCGGGGUGAUGGAGGUCCAAUCAUAAGGAUCUCCAAGUACAUCAAAGAGGCACGAGACUUGGGGUGCAAACCGUUCGAUGGAACGUGUGACAUCUCCAUUUCGGCGCAAUGGAUUAAGAGGCUGAAUGAGGCGGCUCUGGACAUGCAACUCACCCCCGAAUAUAAACUAAGGGUUGCGGUGAGAUUACUUGAAGGUAUGGCAUCCAAGUGGUGGGAUGGGACCAAAAGCAAAUAUGGUGAGACCGUCACUUGGGAGAAUUUCCGAGAGGAAUUCUUUGCACAAUAUUACUCGGAUUUCGAGGUGAACAAAAAGGUGAGGGAAUACACCCUUCUAACCCAAGGGAGUAACAUGACGGUGAGGGAACUUGAGUACAAGUUCAGGGAUCUUGCUGACUACAUACCUGAGUAUGCUUGUGAUGAGAACCGGAUGGUGAACCACUUCUGGGAUGCUCUAGACUUGGAGAUACGUGACAGGGCAACACAAUUGCCUAACAUGACGUUUGCUCAAGUGGUUGACCAGGGUUUGAAAGGAGAGAAGCAAUGGGAAGAAAGGAAGAAGAGAGACGCCGAGGAGGCGAAAAAGAGAAAGUGGGAGAGUCAUGGCUCCCAAGGUUCCAACAAAAAGGGGAACCAUGGAGGAGGAUCUUUCCGGGCACCACCACCACUAUCUAGGGGGAACCAAGGCCCGAGUGGGCAAGGCUCGAGAUCACAAGCCUCAGUGGUAACUCGUUGCAACAAUUGCAAGAAGAACCACUCCGGUAAGUGUCGCGACCCCCCUAGAUGUUUCCAAUGCGGGGAUACCGGGCAUUUGAAGGCGCAUUGCCCACAAUUGGGUGGGGCAAGGUCAUCAGGACCAAGUAGCGGGGCCACGGGGACGAGAAACCAAGCCCGGGGUUCCCAAUCAACUAGGGGGCAUGGAGGAGAAAGCGCGAGCAACGCGCCAUCGGUGAAUCAAGAAAGGACUCAAGCUAGAGUCUAUGCGAUGACGGAGGCGGAUGCUCAAGCUAACCCGGAUUACGUUGCAGGUAUUACCUUUUGUAUACUUGUGUUUUACCCUUGAUUAGUCCAUAAAUUGAGGUUGCUAGUCGUUGGGAUCAUUGCAAGAAGCUUUGGGGUCAAACGGAGCGAAAUCGGGCGAAAGACGGCUGAUUUCCGCCAACGCACACCAGGCUGGACCAUACGCACGGCCGUGCGUUGGUCCGUGCGUUGGUGGCAGUAGCAACCGAAAAGAAAUUGCUACACGCACGGCCGUGCGUGGAUGGACGCACGCCGUGCGUACCUCCGUGCGUACCCCGUGCGUCCUCCCGUGUGUCCGUGGCAGUAGCUCCGUUUUGAGGUUAUAAGACACGCACGCCGUGCGUACCUCCUAGGCACGCCGUGCGUACCUCCUCGGCAGCCCAAAGUCGACUUUUUCGCGCCGUAUUGCAACGUUAAGACCCGUUCUUGAUCCCAAACACGUGUGUGAACAUAAUAAACCUCUCUAAAUGUAUAGGAAUGGUAGGAAAGGUAUCUCACAUGACUUAUAAAUGUAGGAACACUAAAGAUUAAUGGGAAGCAUGCACGAAUCCUUAUCGAUACCGGAGCGCAACGUUCAUUCGUAAGUGAGGCGUUCGCCGAGGGCUUAGAGAUACAAUCAAUACCAAUGACGCAAACUUUAGUGGUAUCAACACCACUAGGGGAAGACGUUGAAAGAACCAAUUACUAUCCAUCUUGUAUGGUGGGAAUCGGUGGCCAAACCUUGACGUGUGAUUUCGUACCGCUGAGUAUGAUGGAGUGCGAUGCAAUCCUAGGGAUGGAUUGGCUAGAAAAGCAUCAUGCUAGGGUAGAUUGCUACACAAAAGUUUUGGAACUCGAAGGCAAUGAUGGGGACACCCAACGCUUCGAGGGGGACCGAGGCAAAUCAAACAGUUGUAUCAUAUCCGCUGUGAGAGCGAGAAGUAUGAUGAGAAAGGGAUGCCACGCAUAUCUAGCAUACGUGGUUGACAAAACCAAGGAGGAAACGAACAUCGACGACGUGAGGGUGGUUUGUAAGUAUCCGGAUGUCUUCCCUAAAGACCUACCGGGGGCUUCCAGCCGAUAGGGAGAUUGAAUUUGUGAUCGAGGUCGAGCAUGGUACCAAACCAAUCUCCAUACCGCCAUACCGUAUGGCACCCGCUGAACUUAACGAGUUGAAAACCCAAUUGCAAGAGCUUUUGGAUAAUGGUUUCAUUAGACCAAGCCACUCCCCGUGGGGAGCACCAGUUCUUUUUGUGAAAAAGAAAGAUGGGACACUUCGAAUGUGUAUUGACUAUCGUCAACUGAACAAGGUCACAAUCAAGAAUAGGUCCCUUGCCUAGGAUUGAUGACUUGUUUGAUCAACUACGAGGGGCAACCGUGUUUUCAAAGAUUGACUUGAGGUCGGGUUACCAUCAAUUGAAGAUUAAGGAAGAUGACAUACCAAAGAGUGCUUUUCGCACAAGGUAUGGGCACUUUGAAUUCCUUGUUAUGUCGUUUGGGUUAACAAACGCCCCAGCGGCAUUCAUGGACUUGAUGAACCGAGUAUUUCAUAAAUACUUGGACCGAUUCGUGAUUGUGUUCAUAGAUGACAUCUUGAUUUACUCAAAGAGUGAAGAAGAACAUGAGGAGCACCUGAUACUUGUCCUUGAGACACUACGGGAGAAGCAACUCUAUGCCAAAUUCUCUAAAUGUGAAUUUUGGCUAAAAGAAAUUGGCUUUCUCGGGCAUGUAGUUUUGGGAUCGGGAAUUGCUGUUGAUAGCAAGAAGAUGGAAGCCAUUACCGAAUGGGAGAGGCCAAAGAACGUCAAGGAAAUUCGUAGUUUCCUUGGGUUGGCAGGCUACUACAGAAAGUUCGUGGAGAAGUUCUCCGUUUUGGCAUCACCGUUGACGAAGCUCACUCGUAAAGGAGCUAAGUUCGUGUGGGAUGACAAAUGUGAGAAAGGGUUCAUUGAACUAAAGAAGAGAUUGACCGAGGCACCGGUACUUGCAUUACUCAAACAGGGUAUGGGGUACGACGUCUAUAGUGACGCGAGCAUCCAAGGGUUUGGAUGUGUAUUGAUGCAGGAGGGAAGGGUAAUUGCCUAUGCCUCACGACAAUUGAAGAAGCAUGAGGUGAAUUACCCUACCCAUGAUCUAGAGCUGGGAGCAGUGGUGUUUGCACUGAAGAUUUGGAGACAUUAUCUCUACGGAGAGACAUGUCACAUAUAUACUAAUCAUAAGAGCUUGAAGUACGUGUUUACUCAGAAAGAGUUAAACAUGAGACAGAGACGGUGGAUGGAGUUGAUAAAGGACUACCGUCUAGUUAUUCAGUACCAUCCAGGUAAGGCAAACGUUGUAGCAGAUGCCCUCAGUCGGAAGAGUUCGUCUGGGGCAUUGCUGACUAGUUUGAGGGCACUGAGGGCCCAAUUGGAUGUAUCUAGCGAUGGUGCCUUAUUGGCACGAUUUGAUUUGUAUGAGCCGAUGAAAAAAUAAAUAGGUAUUAUUACAGAUUAAAUUAUUACAUUUAACCUUGAUUAUUAUAUGGUUAUAAUAAUAAAUAAUAUCAUAUUUACUUAUUAUUAUCAUUAUUAUAUCAUAAGUAUUAGAAAUAAAGUAAUCCUAAAUUAGAAUAAAUAUUCCAAAAAUAUUCUUUUAGGGAGUAUUAUGUUGCACCGUCUCUUACCAUUUUAAACACUUAUUAUGGAGGAAAGAGACAACGAAAACACUUAUUUUUGGCCGAUUAGACCGAUUAAGUGUUAUUAUUAGGAGACGACUAGGCCGACUUCUUCAUGAUACUCCUUCCGUUCUGUUAAAAUUGUCUAAUUUUACUUUUUCGGUCCGUUUUGAUUACACUAAAAAGUCAUAAGAACAUGAAGAACAUACAAAAAAUUGAUUUACAUUGUUUAAUUUUGAGUUCUACGGAGUAUUAUUUGUUUUUAUGAGAAAGUCGUUAUUGAUGGUGUUUAUGAGAAUUUAGUCGUUACAUUGUAAUAUAAUACUCCGUAUGAUUUCUAGCUAUGACAUGUUUGUACAAAUGUGUGUUUGUGUUGUGGUGUUCCAUGUGAUAUAUUUGUAGAACAUAUAUAUGUAUGCAGAGACGGAUCCAAGGGGGGGGGCGGGGGGGCGACCGCCCCCCUUGGACUUCCAAUUUUUUCUACUAUAUAUAAUAUUUUCAUACUUUAAUUAGGUAUAUAUGUUUUCGCCCCCCUUAACUUUAAGUUUUCAAAAUUAAUAUAUAGGCUCACAUAAUGCAAUGCUUAAUUGGAGAUUUAAAAGAAGUAGAAUCUAAAAUAAUUUACAUAACUUAAAAAAAUAAACAAUAGAACUCGUUGUUUAAGACUUAGGGUACCAAAAAAUUCUUAGUUUUGUAAUGUUUAAUUAUUUUUAUUAGAUAAUUAGUACUCGAUUUUGUAAGAUAUCAAAACAUAUUGAAUAUCAUAUACAGUAGUUAAAUAGUAUAAAUGUUUGUUGACAUUAAAUUACACAUUUCAUUUACCUCUUACUUUCUAAAAACAAUUUGUUGAAUAGAUAAUACUUUAACUUAUUUUAGAAUUAAUGCAAAUAUAAUAUGCACCAGAUAUAUAUGAAUUAACAUUACUACGUAUCAUAUUAUUCUAAGUAUAGUAAUCUCAUGCAUACUAUUGUAAUAUUAAGAAAACUCAUCAUGACCCACAAAUACCCUUCUUGGUAGACAAAAAUCUCAAUUCAAAAAUCAAUUCUUUAUUCUGUUAAGAAUCAUGUGAUUAAACAAGGCAUAAGUUACUUAAGAAAUAUUGGUUGAUGUGUACCUUUAACUUUAACCACUUUACCUUCAAAUAAUAUCAUAAAAUGUUAUACUACGUAUAUCAUAUCCUUUCUUAUUUUCAAAUAAUUUCCCUUUAAUUUGUCAUUUCUUAAGCUUUAAUGUAUCAAUAUUUUUUUCUCGAGCACUUAUAGUUAUUAAAUCAAAGUUAUAUUUUCAUUGUCUAUAAUUAGAAUUAGAAUAUAAUAGAUUUAAUCGUCAUCGUGUAUGUAGUAUGUACUAAUGGAACUUUUUAAAUAAAAAUUAGCCACAGAGCCCUACACUAGCAAAAAAAUUCGCCCCGCUACACUAGCGAUUUUUUCCCGUUCCGCUUACUAGCGAAAUUUUUUCACUCCCUACACUAAUGAAAAAAUUUCGCCCCCCUUGACUCGAAAUCCUGGAUCCGUCCCUGUAUGUAUGUUCGUUAUAGUGUGCAUGUAGUUCACUUUUCUUUGUCAAUUCAACCACACAAAUUGCUAGAUAUAACAUAUAAGGUAUGAGAGGGCAAAAAUUCUCCCUAGGGCUCGGCCGCUAGGGUCUGCUAUCUCCGCUCUCGGAUUGCUUCCGAGGUGCGGCCGCCGUUUUGGUUUGAACUCUGCGUUUCUUUUUUGUUAAUCGCUGCUCGCGUGGUGGCUGUGAGGAAGACGGACAAAGGUUGUGGUUUCGGUGGCGGCCAGAAGUUCGGUCAAAGGGGAAGCUUGCGGCAGUGGGUAGGUUUCGAAGCAGAAGUUUUGAAAAUCAAUGGAAGAUGUGGUCCACCAAUACAAACAGAUGGCUAUUGGGGAUGACAAGGAAGAAGUGGUUUUCUAUGAAGAAGAAGAGGAAGAGGAAGAAUCGGAUAAGGGUGCGGCUAAAUUCUCAGUGAUUGACAUCAUUCUGACUGAUCGUAAGAUCAAAUCUCAGUACUUCAAAGAAUUGAUGGCUUCGUUGUGGACGCCUGUGAAAGGCGUUUCAAUCCAGGAAAUCAGCGAUAAAAGGUAUAUUUUUACUUUUAAUCAUAAAUUAGAUAUGAGGCGUGUUCUUGAUGAAGGCUCGUGGCUGUUUGAACGAAAUCUGCUGUUGCUAAAAGAGAUUCAGGCAGAAGAUAUUCCUUUACAAAUUAAGUUGUAUGAGGCUGAUGUUGGGUGCAAGUGCACAAUGGUGCUUAUGGUUUUAUGAAUCUAGGUUCUGCUAGACGUAUUGGUAAUUAUAUUGGACAAUUCAUUAGUUUUGAUGAUCGGAAAACUGAUGAAAAUUAUAAAUCAUUUUUUAGAAGUAGAGUUCGUAUGGAUGUUAGGAGACCUCUGAAAAAAGGCAUUACUUUAAAGAAGGUAGGUUUUAGCCAUUGGGUGGACUUUAAAUAUGAAAAACUCCCAAAUUUCUGUUGUGUUUGUGGUAUUAUUGGGCAUUCUGAUAAUUUUUGUCCAGUAGUCUAUGAGGGGGAGAAUAUUACUUUCGAUAAAAAUUAUGGGGUCGAGCUUAGAGCUGGGUCUGGGGUGAAGACUAGUCCGACAGGUAGUACUAAAUGGUUGGUGGAAGGAUCUUCCAGCACUGGGAUGGGAAAAUCCGGGGAGCAGGACAAUGAUAAACAGGACGAGAAGGAAAAUACGGGUACAGGAACUAGCUGCAUCAAGGAAGUUGCUUCGGUUAGUCCAGAGGAGACAUCGGGGGAGCCAAAGCAUAGAAGAACCUGAGAAGCAGAGAAGCAAUGCGGGUACAAAGGAAGAUAUGACUCUGAAUGAUCCAAAAAACGGAGCGGCGGCGGACCUUGUACGUGUAGGUCCGCCGGUUUGCGUGGGAUAGCCGAAAAGUCCAAGUGUGGACUCGGAGAAGGUGCUCAUUAUUCUUUACGAAGAAUUUUUACUUUAUUGCUUUAUUUAUUUUUGUUGUUGUCGAUCAGACUAUGUUUUAUUUUAUUGUUUUUUCUUUCAAUUGUAAGACUCUUGCAUCCUUUCAAAAAAAAAGACUCUGGCAUUAGAAUUGGGUGAGGUUUGGUCUGCUUCAAUCGUAUGUGGCUCAUGUUUGCCCAUUAAUGGAUCAACGAGUUGUAUUGCUUCGUUGAAGGUGAUUAACUUUGAGUCUGGUUCGCGGGCUGACGGUUGUCUGUGGUUCCUUACUUUGUUUAUUUCCUAUCUGAAUGUUAAUGCUUUGAUUUCAAUUUAAGCCCCCUUCUUCCAAAAAAACAUAUAAUGUAUGCUCAUUAAUAUUAUUACUAUGC